AUGUGUAUAGAAAUUGGUGGAAUCGAUUCAGAAAAUGAAUUAAUAAAAACAUCAAAACCUGAGUUUGUUCACAUUCGAUGGAAUCCAAUAGAAGAAACAUUAAAGUCAAAGCCCUAUUCAAAUGAUCAAAAUAAUCAACAUUGUAUAAAUGGCUUUAAAAUAAAGCAAAAUGUGAGCAAUUUCGUUAAAUACAAUUUUGAAAUGGGUAAUAUACAGCUAGAUAAAACAAAGGCAAUUCUACCAACAUCUGAAUCAGCAGCUUUAAAGGUAAAAUUUAGUUCAUUUUCCGAUGUACCAACUUCACAAUCAUUUAGUGAUGCACUAACAGAUGUUUUAAAUGUUCAACAACAACAAGAGCAAAAUAGUGAACAAUUAUUAUUGUAUAAAAACAAUUUUCUAAUUUUCAGUCAGAUAGCAAAGGAUUUUGAAUAUGAUGAAGCAAUUGGUUGUAAAAAUGAUUUUGAAAAAUUAUGCCUAUAA